UUGGUGGUUUGCGGGAUCAGGCUCCUGAAGAUGCUUCAGACUAGUAACUACUCCUUGGUCCUGCUGAUCCAGCUGUCACUGUUGGCCUAUGACCUCUUUGUGAACUCCUUCAGUGAACUUUUGAGGGGAGCGCCCGUCAUCCAACUAGUGCUUUUCAUAAUCCAGGACAUUGCCAUCCUGUUCAACGUGAUCAUCAUCCUGCUGAUGAUGUUCAACACCUACGUGUUCCAGGUUGGCCUGGUGUCUCUGCUGCUGGAGAGAUUCAGGGCUCUGCUGAUAUUCUCCGCCCUUUACCUGACACUCAGCAUCUGCUUCCACUGCUGGGUGUUGAACCUUAGAUGGCUUGAUUCAAACCGUUUUGUUUGGACAGAUGGUCUUCAAGCUCUUUUUGUUUUCCAGAGAACAGCGGCAGUGUUGUAUUACUACUUAUACAAACGCACUGCCGAGCACAUGGGAGAUCCGAGGCUGUAUGAGGACUCUCUGUGGCUUCGUGACGCCUUCGCCAGAGCUCGUCAGUGAUGAAGGGACAGUUUUGAGAGAGAAUUCAAAAAAACUGAUGUAACUCACUAGCAGGUAAAGAGGAUGAAGUCUACAAUCUACCAUCAACCACAGUGUGUGUUUAUUGGCUCUUCAUAGCCGAGUGGGCAGUCAGUUAAAUGGUUUACAGUGGCAGGUAAGCCAGCCAUGGCAUGUGUAGUAUUGUAUUAAUCAGGAUUGAGUCUGUUAAUCUAUGUGGCCUUUGUAAAUCAAUUUGAGUUGUAGACAGAAUGCAACAGAUUGAAAGACUGUCAAAAGUUUAGGAAAGCUCUGUUCAGGUAUUGCCUCCCAUGGCAUGUUUGAUUUUAUCUUUUUAAUGUAUAAUAAUUUGUAGAACCUUAUGUAGUAAUAGUUUUGUUGGAAAAGUAAUGGUUAUUCCCCCGCAAAAGAAGAAACGGGUUGGGGUUUUUUUUGCCUUAUGUAAGGUUAGUAUGCGCUGUUUACAUGAUUAAUAUUUUAAAAAAAAACAAUUUUCACGUGAAUCCCGCUGUCUUUGAAUAAUGUUCCUGCUGUUUUUAUUAAAUAAUCCUUCU